UGGGCACACAGUGAGUUCUUCUCACCUUGCGUAAGGAUAGGUUCACUGUCAAAACUUUCAAAAAUUUAGAUGGAAGUCUUCGAUUUCGCAUCAAUUAAGUUGACAUUAUACUCCUUUCAACAUUAGAGCCUCGAUGUACAUUUAUUUAGACCUACUUGAACUCCGAUGAUAAUAUGCCAGGAUCUUAUGCUUGUUUUCGAGUUUUGUGACCCACCCCUUGGGUGCUCCUCUGUGUGAGUAAUGCUUGGAGGAAUGUGACCAGUUGAUAGCAUGUGCCAUUGGGAAUAAGACCUAAAUGACAAAUGCGAUAGUGUAACCCUUUCACUGAUCAGUUCACGAGGUGCGUUUAUGUAAUUGAUGACUAAAAACGAUAUUUCUUCCCUAUUAUUGUGAAGUAGCUUCAUUGAUUCUUGUGGAUAUUCUCCUUGGAAACCAGUUUGUUUUCAAAGAGCUCACUUGCAGGUGGACCCAAUGUUGGAAUUAUGUUGAAUUAACACUGGAGAGUUUACUUGUCAGCAUCGUAAGCUAUUACACUUCUGAAGAUAAAUCUACGUUAUAAUUAUCAAAGAUCCAAGGUAACAAUGAUGUCUCCCUUACACCCACUGACGUCCAUCAUCUUCUUGAUUUUCUCUGCCGAUGUGAUGGCCAUGCCUAUGAUAGACAGAGUCCCUUCAAAUGUCACUGUUAAACAAGAUCAGGACGCCCUCUUCGAGUGCAGAAUAAGGGACUUGAGAGGAGGCGAGGUCAUGUGGAUCAGGGGUCUUUCGGGAGAGCUCAUCAGCAGCAACACCGAAGUGUUACCAGGUGCCACGCCUACCGCUGGUCAAUACACUAUCGAAGGAGAUGUGAGGAGGGGUGAAUACAAUCUAAGGAUCUCCCAGGUACAAGCCGGCGAUGCGGGAGAGUAUCGAUGUUACUAUCAUGCGGGAAAUUACUUUGGAAGCCACGGGGCUUAUCUGGAGGUGCUCCUCCCACCUCCUGAAAGGUACCCUGAAUGUUCCAUACAGCAUAGCAAUAUCAACCUUGCUGUUGGGGACACAGUUCAGUUGGUGUGUCUUUCACAUCAAGGUGUACCACCUGCGUCUCUUUCGUGGUACAAGAAUGGUCAGUCUAUUGGACAAGUUUCCCACAGUGUCAAUGAGCUUGAGAUAGUGCUGGACUCCUUCGAUAUUGAAGCGGAAUACGAGUGUCGCGCAGAAAGCCCCGCCAUCACGCAACAACGGAGGUGUACGACUCGAUUAGCACUUGAUAGUCCUAUGGUCGUCAUCCAGCCUUACAACCAGAAAGCCGAGGAGGGUGACACAGUGACGUUUCUUUGCAACAGAAGAGAUAAGCCUAACGAGCACAGGUUUAUUUGGUACUUCCGAGGCGAACUCAUAACUACGGCAUCAUCAAGUAGGUUUAACAUUAGCGAUUAUAACAGGGCGUUGACGAUCAAGAAUAUAACUGCAGCAGACAGUGGCGAUAAUAUCAAGUGUGUGGUUCCCGUUCUUUCUUAUAGGUUUACGGGUACAGCUAACCUCAUGGUCAGCAUCAUCACUGGGGAAGUUGUUGGAACCUUGCCACCACCAAGAUUAAUCACAGAUUCACCAACAGAUCAUGAAUCUUCUUCGAUGGGUAGAAAAGGUGAACAAGAUGUUUCCAGUCCUGGAAUGUCUGUGAGCGCUGAUGAAUCGCAAUCGCCAGAUAAAACAGCCCUGUUUGUAAUUCUUGGUGCGGGUGGCGGGUUGUUCAUUGUCAUAUCAGCUGUAGUCAUUAACUUCGUCGUCAUCAGGAGAAAGAAAAACAAGAAAGAUCAGCCGAAACCCAAAUCGAACAUCAAACCUGUCGCCUCUGGGUUGUCAUUGAUGACUACAAAAGAUUCCGAAAGGUCUCUGUCAAGCUCUGAUUCCGUCGGCACAUCAAAGACGGCAGUGACGACGGUUACAGCGGCGCCAUGUCCGAAGAAAGAUCCUCAUCCGAAAUCAAACAAGAAAGAGAAAUGUCAGUAUGCUGAGUUGGAUUCAAACGGGUUAAGACUGAGCGAAUACCAAGGUCUCAAUGCUCCUCCAAUGACCAUUUAUGCCGAACCGAUCAUAACACCAACAAGAUUGGUUCCCAGGCCUGAACAUCAAGAUGGUUUCCAUGACUACGCAUUACCGGACAUCUUGCCAGAGCUGGAAGCACCUCAAGAAGAGUAUGUUGAACCUGAUCCACCUCCUAGAAACAAAAAGGAAGGACCUGAACCGCAAAAACUUACGACUAAAGAAGCACCCAAGCCAGAGGAAAAGAAACUUUCUCAACAAAGUCCUGAUGGUGUUUACAUCGAAAUUAUAGCUUGAUUGACGAGCUUUCAUAGUCCU